AGUUCUAUAGGUUGUACAAAUUUCAACAAGCUCUUGCUCAUUUACAAAUCCUUCAUUUUACACUUAUGAAUUGGUUCUGGGUCAAGAAUUCAACAAUUUACAUCGCAAAAAAUCCGUUUCAGACAGUUAUCACAAUAUUACCCUGGUAUUUGGCAUUACCGCCAAUUAUCGCUUUCACGAUGGUUAAUGGG